AGAAGAAGGAAGUCAUGAACGACCAACGAGUAGGCUACACUAGUCUUUCCUGAGACAGAUAUUUCAAAGACAUUUUGUUGUAGCGGAGGAUAGAAGUGUACUUCUAAAGGUAUUCGUUAUCGCAGACCAACACAUUGUGCUUGUGAAAAUCCCUUCGUGUAGGACACAAAACAGUGACUGGAGAAACCUGCUAACCUGACGGUUAAUCAAAAUGGCCCAGGGGAUACCAGACGAGGUGAUGAUGAAUGCUACCCUGAUAAAAGACUUGGGGGAUGUGGCAAAAGAUGCAGCGCUUCUGCAUGGGGUCCUAAUGAGGAUCCAAGAGACCCCCAAUUCAUCAGAGUUGGUGACCUAUGCUCCAUUCACACUCUUCCCCACACCUGUGCCUAAGGCUGUGUUCCUCCAGGCUCUUUCAGUGCAAACUCUCUACAACACACUGGUGGACAAGAUCAGCCAGGAUCCAGACUUCCUACAAGAGGCUCUAGCCAGCACCAUUGCAGUGGAUGAUUUCACUGCAAGGUUGUUCAGGAUCCACCAACAAAUCCUAAAAGAAGGAAGGUCUCAGCCUAUUGUGUUGGGUCUCAAUCGGUCCGACUACAUGCUGGACCAGAGAGAGGAUGGGUCUUUAUCGCUGAAGCAGAUAGAGAUCAAUACCUUUGCUGCCAGUUUUGGAGGUCUCUCAUCACGCAUGCCAGAUGUACACCGGCACAUCCUUACGGUGGCAGGCCUACAGGAGCAAAGCAAGCACAUCCUAGCCAACAACCCUGCAGCUGGUCUGGCCAUUGCAAUUGCCAAAUCCUGGGAGCUCUAUGGAUCAGAGAGAGCAGUCGUCAUGUUCUUGGUGGAAGAGAGCCAAAGGAACAUCUUUGAUCAACGAUACAUUGAGAACGAACUGCUGAAGAGAAACAUUCCCACAAUACGAAAGCGGUUUGACAAUGUUUGUAAAACGGGGUACCUUGAUCAGGACAAGAGGCUAUUUGUUGAUGGCCAAGAGGUUGCAGUGGUGUACUUCAGGAAUGGAUACAUGCCUCAGAACUACAUUUCUGAACAGACUUGGGAUGCUCGUCUUCUGAUGGAGCGCUCUCUGGCUGUGAAAUGUCCAGAUAUCAGCACUCACUUGGCUGGAACCAAGAAGGUCCAGCAGAUUCUUGCCAGACCUGGAGUUCUAGAGAAGUUCUUCCCCAACCAACCCCAAGUAGUGGAGCAGAUCAGAGCAACUUUCGCUGGCCUGUACACUCUAGACAUGGGACCAGAGGGUGACAAAACCGUUGAUAUGGCCUUGGGAGCACCGGAUCGCUUUGUCCUGAAGCCACAGCGAGAGGGAGGAGGUAACAACAUCUAUGGAUCAGAGAUCUCUCAGGUUCUGGAGGAAGUGAAGGAGAGUACAGAGAGGAUGGCCUAUAUUCUGAUGGAUAAAAUCCAUCCUACCCCUUUACAGAACUACCUGCUUAGGCGAGACUCCCCUCUAAAAAUCAGCAACUGUCUCAGUGAACUGGGAGUGUUUGGAGCAUAUGUCAGGCAAGGUAAAGACAUGGUGAUGAACGAGUGUGUGGGUCAUCUGCUGAGGACCAAGAGUUCAGAACACUCAGACGGAGGCGUAGCAGCGGGAGUGGCAGUGCUGGACAAUCCUCUCCUCAUCUAAGUUACACUACUACCUUCUCAGCUUUCAAAUAAAAAAAAAAUGCACAAAUAGACAA